AUGAGCGAUACAGAAGAACCAAAUCCUCGAAAUGAAGUUCAAGAUACUGUUUCUCCCAUCGAAGAAAUCCAUGACGAAGGUCAUGAGCAACAAGGUUAUACUUGGGAACCAUCAGAAGAAAUGUUACGGUUUCCUACACGUAUCCAUAAAGACAAUACUCUUUCACAAGAGGAACGUAAACUCAUUUUACAAGCACAACCCCGCAAUAAAAACAUACGCUUCCAACCUCCUUCCAUGGACAAAACACUUUGGAAAAACAUGUCAAAACAAACAAGAGAGACAGACAAAUUACUUUCAAAACUUGCAUAUAGAUGGUCUGCAACUCUUCGUCCCCUUGACAAUACUUUACGUCUACUUUAUGAUUCCAAACCAGACCAAGAUGAUAAAGAAGCACUGGAAUCUUGGGAAGCAAUGGAACAAUCACUUAUGGACACAAGAAGUCUUUUAUUGGAUGGUCUUUCAUAUGCAAAUGAUAUUCGUAGGGAUCAAGCUAUUAAAUGUAUAUCCCCAUCAUAUAAUCCUCCUGCAGAACACGAGGAGGUUUGUGGACCCACAAAACUUAAUGAACUCAUCACUCAAGAGAAUGAAAAGAACAAAUUGUUUAACAAGGCUUUACAAUAUAAAAGACAAUUUAGAUCUUCCGAAUCAUCUUCGUCACAUGGAAGAGGUCAAUAUAACCCACGUUUCGGUACCCGAAGACCUGUUCCAACCUCUUUGUACCUUCAGUCAUUUCUCAAAACCCAACACAAUUUACAACAUUGGGUAACUUUAUUCAAAGAUUCUUGGGCUACAAAAGUUAUAAACAAUGGCUAUUCUAUACAAUGGAAUUUACCACCACCAUUAACUAUUCAAUCUAUGUCUCACCAUACUUUCAAUCUCGAAAUCUCAUCAAAGAUCGAAGAAUUUUUAAAAUUAGGAGCAAUAAAACAGAUCUCAUCUACAAUACCAU